UUGGGAAACAACGCCAUGUGUUCUAUCACGGUUUCAGUAACAGACAAAGACCCUCCUCAGAUUGACUGCAGUGACCGACAGGUCAUCCUCGAUGCAGAGGAUCCUUCAAACUUCAUUCCACGUGUGAGAGACAACAUAGAUCAAAUCCCAUCCAUUGACUGCUUCCCGGGUUAUUUUGUUGAAUUGCCUGCCGGCGGCGAUCCUACCAUCAGAUGCAACGCCUCCGAUUCCGAAGGAAACACUGCUACGUGCAACUUCACUCUUACUGUGCAAGACCCUUGUACAGCCCGCCCAUGCGUCAAUGGAGACUGUACCUAUUUAGGAUCAGCGAGAUACCAAUGUAGCUGCUUUCACGGUUACAAAGGAACCCAUUGUGACGUCAUUCAUAAACCAAAGCUGCCAGUUGAAGUGAACACGCACCCUCUGAAUAAGAAGGUUCUAAUCAACAGCCCCGUCGCUUUGACAUGCAGCUUUAACAAUGCUGAAUCCUAUAUAUGGUAUAAAGAUGGCAACCCCUUGUCCAACAUGGCAGAUAAAACUACUCUUCGGAUCCAAUCUGUAAAUACGAGUCACAUUGGAUACUACUUUUGCAGAGGAUUUGGUGAUGAGAGGUCAUCUUCUAUAGACACUGAGAUAGCUUCUAUUUACAUCGAAGGUUUGGUCACAAUAAAAGUUUCUAACUUGAGAUUUCGUUUUGAUGGAAUUUCUUCUCCGAAGACACCGUCAACCGUUCGUGACUUCGUAAUUGAUAGUCUAAAGAAUCAUACCAACGAGCUUCGUCUUACAUCCUACGAAGACCUGUCACCGGAAGUCAUUUGCAACCCCAACUCUUUCAACCAAGAAGGGACUGAUGUAGUUAAUGCUGAAGUCACUGUGUACAUGAUGAAUGCCACCAGCCUGACUGCAAUGCAAGAAAGAGAUCUUGUUAAGAGCGCCCUCACACAAGCUGCUAGCAUCUCAAAUGGUUUCUUGGACGUCGGCAGUAUGGACACAGAAAACACCGGUAAGCAGCUUUUUCUAAUUUUCAUGUAA